UGGUAGUUGGUAGCGCAAUACGCAUGUUUGCGAUUUCUGGGUUGCCGUAUGAUGUUGUUUAGUUUGUAAUAUCUGUCUACGUGUUCCGUACUUUCAUCGGGUGCAUGGAGAGUUACUCGGCACGUGCACGCUGAAAAUAAGACGUUUGAUUUUGACAGAAAGCAGGUGUGUUUGUGUCAUAUAGGCAACCCAUGCGAAACGUUAGCUAUUAUCUGUAUGACUGCGUGCGUUAGUAAGUUAAUAGUACAAAGUUCAUUGCUAGGUGUAUGACAUUCGGGUGCAGCAGCAGAAGUAGCUGACUUUGUGUAGACGUUACAUGCGAAAUAGCUUACGCUAGCGAAAUUGAUAUUUUUCUACGAAACAACUAUGGUAUUAAAUAAGACCGAGAAUGUAAAAUGUAAUGAGGAUAUCGAAAGAGAAAGAAAGAAGUGUUCGUUUGAUCCUUUGGAACUGACACAUCUGUUAGAUGGCAGUCCUGAGAAAACAAGGGAAAGAAAAGAACGAGAACACUACUUCUUAUCAGACCCAGAACUCAGAGACACGAUUCCACAAGAUUAUUUGAGUCACAAGGAGAAAUAUGAAGAGGCUGUCAGAAAAGCAUGUAUCCUGUUCAGAAAAGUUACACAGCUGCGUGAUAAAGGUGGUGAUUUGGAAAUAUUCAGGCAGACAUUGAGUGGCAUGCUGGGUAGUGCCAUUCUGAAGGAUGGCAACCCAUUUACCCUUCACUAUGUCAUGUUCCUUCCAACUAUUGUUGGGCAGGGAACAGUGGAGCAGCAGGCUGAGUGGAUGGGUAAAGCCUGGAACUGUGAUAUCAUUGGGACAUAUGCGCAAACUGAACUUGGACAUGGGACUUUCAUCAGAGGCUUGGAAACUACAGCCCAUUAUGAUCCUAGAACACAAGAGUUCAUUCUCAACAGCCCAACUUUAACAUCCUACAAGUGGUGGCCUGGUGGAUUGGGACAGACAGCGAACUAUGCUGUAGUUGUUGCUCAACUUCAUACCAAAGGUGUCUGCCAUGGAAUUAACCCAUUCAUUGUCCAGCUACGGGACGAGGAGACACAUAAACCUUUGCCAGGUAUUAAAAUUGGUGAAAUUGGUACAAAAUUGGGCAUGAAUGCAACAAAUAAUGGAUACCUUGGUUUCGAAAAUGUCCGUAUCCCUCGUGAACAUAUGCUUAUGAAGAAUGCUCAAGUCCUAGAGGAUGGAACCUAUGUAAAAUCUCCAAGCGAUAAACUCACAUAUGGAACCAUGAUGUUUGUAAGAGUCAUCAUUCUUCAAGAUAUGGCUGGGUACCUGUCUAAAGCCUCUACAAUAGCCAUACGUUACAGUGCAGUGAGGAGACAGUCUGAGUUGAAGCCGGGUGAACCAGAACCACAGAUCAUGGACUAUUUGACACAACAGUACAAAUUAUUCCCUAACCUGGCAGCAUGCUUUGCCCUGAGAUUCAAUGCCAUCUGGCUGUGGAAUAUGUACAACAAUGUUACAGCUGAACUUGAAGAUGGAGAUUUGGAUAGACUGCCAGAGCUUCAUGCACUUUCAUGCUGUCUGAAGGCAGUCUGCACUGCAGAUGCUGCUCAGGGUGUGGAGAUAUGCCGUCUGUCCUGUGGAGGUCAUGGCUACAUGACCUGCAGUAGUAUGCCUUCUAUAUAUGGGCUUGUCACAGCAGCUUGCACGUACGAGGGAGAGAACACUGUGAUGUUGCUUCAGACUGCUAGAUACCUCAUGAAGGCAUGGCAACAGGCUGUGGGCGGCAUGGCCAUGACCCCCACUGUGGCAUACCUGAAGCUAGCAGUCUCUGGAAAUAAUAAUCCACAGUACUGGGAGAACUCUACAGUGUGCAUUAUUAGGGCUUAUCAACAAGUGGCAGCAGGAAAAAUCAAAAUGUGUGCUGAGAACAUGGACAGGAGGAUCCGAGGAGGCAUAUCUCCUGAGGAUGCAUGGAAUAUGACAUCAAUAGAACUUGCUCAGUGUGCAGAAGCUCAUGCUCGUGCCAUUAUCGUGGAUAAGUUUGUUGAGAGUGUGGUGGAACUGAAUGUGUCCAGUGCUCUCAAGACAGUGCUGAGACAGCUGAGUGAAUUGUAUGCUGUCUACUGGCUGCUUCAGAAAUCUGGAGAUUUCCUUAUGUACUCAGAUGUGUCAGCACGGGACAUCCCCAGUCUACAGAACUGGCUGGAGGUGCUACUUUCACAGAUUCGACCAAAUGCAGUUGGAGUUGUUGAUGGCUUUGACAUCUGUGAUGAAAUAUUGUCAUCUGCACUUGGCUCUUAUGAUGGAAGGGUCUAUGAGCGUCUGUUUGAAGAAGUUUCCAAGAGCCCUCUGAACAAGCAGUCUGUAAAUGUAUCCUUCCAAAAGUACCUGAAACCAUUUCUGAAGGCCAGUCUGUAAGAAAUUAGUUUCUUAGACAAUUUUGUCUACAGUAUACAGUAGUUAAGAGUGCCUUUUAGAUUCCCUUUCAGCAAUUGUAGUAGUAGUAAACCAGUAUCAGAACCCAGAACUAUUGAAAGUUAUUGACAGAUUGAAACUUCCCAGAUAAAUACCACGUUAUGAUAUUACUGAAUAUAAUUCAGAUAUUUUGUUAAAAUACUUGAAAAUAUAUACAAAGGUACCUGGAACAAACAUGUGUAUUGUUUGGUUUUCAGUUUACAGACGAAAUGGGAAGAAACUUCCCCUUUCCAAGUGAUUUCAUUACACCACUUCAUAACCAGUUAAUUUCAGUAUUCUUUUCUAUGUUGGGUGUGGCGAUAAGAAAUUAGGUAUAGGAAGGAGUGAAAACUGUUCUCUUUAUAUGUAAUGAGUAAAUUCUGUGCUCACACAAUAUCACUAUGUACAGUACAGCAAGGCAAAGUCAUUAUCCUGCCUGCAGCUGAGAAAUGAAAAUCUUCAGUGUCCAUUCUUUUGAACUGGGAAAUAAUCCCCAAAAGCUAACAUUACCUCUUCCUUCAGAAGGAGAUUCAGUUCAUUACCACAAAUAUUUUAAUUGCAUAUACAAUGUGAGUAGGAAAGCAUCAUGAGGGGAAAGGAGCACUUGUGAUACCCAGGUAUAGGUUAGGUGGAUCUUAAGAAGACAGGGUGAGAGAGCGUGAACUGGAUUCAUGCGGCUCAGGAUUUGGGCCUAGAGCCAUGUUCUUGUGAACAGGUGAUGAAGCUGCAGGUUCCAUGAUAUUUUAGAACUGGAAUCAUGUGUUCAACAGCACACGUGUAGUGAAAGUUGAAGCAUAUGAAGUGGAAGACAUUGUAGGAUUUGUUACUUGUGAAUAUGACAGAAAGUGAUGGCUUGCAUGUAUGUUACAAAUGGCAGUGAAAUUCAUGAAACUUUUUUGUAUCCCAUGGUCACUGAAAAUCUUCAUGUAUUCCCUGCCAGACAUUCUGUGGGUCCCAUCUUCAAAAGUGCUUACAAGUGGGUCCAGAGGUCACACAUGUUAUCAAUGAAAAGGAGUCCACUGAGAACUAGAAUCCAAGCUUAGCAGAUUUUAGAUAGCUACCCUUCCAGGUAAUUCCUCAUACUUGGAUGAAAAAUUAAUUUUAACUUUCUAAUGAAUAAGCCUACCACUUUUUUUCCCGCCUUCUUGUUAAUGUCAUAUUACCUGUGCUGUUUACUGUAAUCUUUAAUUCAAGUGACCAACGAUGUGUGUAACCUGUAGUUGUGCAAGAAAAAGUGUCUCAUCAACCCAUUUAUGUCCUAAUGUGACAUUUUUUAAAAAUGUACUUGAAUCACAAAAUGUUUUAUAAAGAACUUAAUGAAA